UAAAUCGAACAAAUGAAAAAAUUCCUGCGCCUUUACCUCGUAGAAUCAGAGACCUGCGGCAGGAGUUCGAUCACAUCGACCGACCUGUGAUGACGUGGAAGAGAAGGUGGAGCGUUAAAGAACCGAGUCCGCUGUCGUUGCCCUCGAACCAAAUUCAGUUUCCAUUAAGAUUGCCUCGUAUCUCAAGUAGACCUAACUUACCGAAGCCACCCCCAAAAACCGAGUCACACGCACCUUUCAAAGCUCACAAUUUGGGUUACACCAUCUUACCGCCAAUUCGAAAAGAGUCUAAACGGGACCCAAGGAUGAGGAGAGAAAAGAGGGCUUAUGUGGACAGAUGGGAUGCUAAUACGGAUGUAAGAGAGUCUGAUACGGACGAGGAGGAUCACGGCCCGACCACAGGGCUAUUUUGGGACAGAGAUGACGGAUAAGUAUGCUGAGGACAACUGUAUUGUUUAUCCGUGUUUCAUUUCAAAACAUCCUGUGACUCGUGCGCCAAUAAAAGAAGCUUCAA